AUGAAAUUCACCGUGAGCCCCUCCGUGCCCACCAUCUGGCUGGCUUUUGCCCGUCUCACAGCGUACGCAUAUCCUAUCGCGCCGCAGCUCCAGCACUGGCCGGCCGAAGCCGCCACGGCUCUCAAUGCCAUGAUUGCCGCCAACGCCAACAAGGGUAACUACGCGUGCUUCGACAUGGACAACACGAGCUACCGCUUCGAUCUGGAAGAGUCUCUACUGCCAUUCCUCGAGAACCGCGGCAUAUUGACCCGCGACAGUCUCGACCCUUCGCUGAAGCUGAUCGACUUCAAGGAUACCGAUGAGUUCACCGAGACCCUGUACAGCUACUACGUCCGCCUGUGUGAGGUCGACGAUCUGGAGAACUCAAAAGGCUACGUGGACGAGCUGAUGGCCUCCAACGAGACCAUUCCGACCAAGUACUGGGACGGAGAUGAGGUGGUCGAGGAUGAAGUGACACCGCCGCAGAUCUUCCAAGGCCAGGUAGAGCUGUACAAUGCGCUCAUGGCCAACGGUAUCGACGUCUACGUCAUCACCGCCGCCAGUGAAGAACUCGUUCGUUUCGUUGCGAGUGAUCCCAAGUACGGAUACAACGUGCCUCCGGAGAAUGUCAUCGGCGUUACUACCAUGCUCAAGAACGCCACGUCGGGCGACCUGACCAACGCACGGAAGCAGAUUGAGGAGGGCGACUACGAUGAGCAGGCCAAUCUAGGCUUGGUCUUUGGACCCUACUUGUGGACACCAGCGACAUGGUUUUCCGGCAAGUGGGCGGCAAUCUUGACAUACAUCGAUCAGUGGAAGAAGCCCAUACUGGUAGGUGGCGACACACCCGGAUCGGACGGUUACAUGCAAUUCCAUGGGGUCGACAUCGGAAAAGGCGGGAUUCACCUUUGGAUUAACCGAUCGGCGAGUGCGUUCGAGGAAUUGAAUGAGAUGAUAGCCGAGAACUCGGCGGGCCAGGCGGAGAAUGGGCUAGAGGUGACGGCGGACAAGAAUUGGGUGAUAGUGCUCCCAGAGGACAUCCUGUGA